GCCCUGCACUGCUCCCACAGGCUUUUCCCAGCUGGUCGGAGGCGAUGGAGCCUGUGCCGGGCGGCUGGAGGUGCGUCAGGGCCGGGCGUGGGUCGGUGUCUGUGCGGAUCAGGUGGACAUGAAGGUGGCGCAGGUGGUGUGCAGGGAGCUGGGCUGCGGCGAGGUGAUCGGCAUCGCCGGCAGUGGCCGUUUUGGGGCGGUGUCGGGAUCGCUGUGGGACGGGGGCUUCCAGUGCCAUGGCACCGAGCCCCUGCUCAGUGCCUGUGCCCGGCGUCCGCGCCACGACGAGGCCUGCCCCGGCCCUGGCAGCGUCAUCUGCUCGUCCUACACGGGCUUCCGAGUGGCGAACGGCAGCUCGGGCUGCUCCGGGCGAGUGGAGGUGGCGGUGAGGGGCACGUGGGGCUCCGUGUGCGCCAGCGAGUGGGAGCUGCCCGAUGCGCACGUCCUGUGCCGGCAGCUGGGCUGCGGCCGCGCCCUCAGCGUGGCCCCGGGAGGCUCCUUCGGCAGCGGGGAGGGGCCGCUGCGGCCGGACGCCUUCGGCUGCAGCGGGAGCGAGCGGCACCCGGGCGAGUGCCCCGUGGCCGUGCUGGGGAAGCUGCCCUGUGCCCCCGGAAACGCCGCUGCUGUCAACUGCUCAGGUGGGUAUGGGGACCUGUGUGAGGAG